GUAGUUCUCGCGAGAUUACGAAACAGCAAGGAAGGCAGAGAAAAUGGAAGGUUGUGCUAGCUAGCUUGCUAGUUGAGCGAAUCCAAUAAUAACUUGAAAGUAGUCAUUUCGUCCAAGGUGCAAACAGAGACAAGUGGAAUGACACUUCACAUGUCCUGAAAAUUAAGCUUUACCAGCUAUCUGCUAAUUUUCAGAGCACCUAUGGAUGUCAGUAUGGACCCAAUGGAAAAUAACAGUGAUGCUAAUAAUUCAGGGGACCAGCAGAGCCAGUCUGAAGGGGGAGAGACAAGUGUUAGACCAACCAUGUCUGAGGUUAAAAAGUCUUGGGGGUUCAGGCGGACAACCAUUGCUAAAAGGGAGUUCUUGGAUGAAAUCGGAGACCUAACCCACAGUCCUCCAAUUGUACGCAGAGGCAGAGGCCGCCGAACCAACCAGACACCCCUGGCUGCUCCAGAAACCCACACAACCCAGAGAGCUUCUCUUUCAACAAGGAGUGUUUUAGAUGACCUUGAGUGGUCUGCCCCCUCCUCGCCUGUAUCAGAGGAGAGCAAGCCAGCUUCUGAAGCUUCUGCUGGAGGGAGCCUUGACCCCAGCUUAUGGCAAGAUAUUGGGUCUGCCUUCCACACUGCUUUUUCACUGCUUGGCGGGAAUGAGGGCUUGCCAAUGGAAAUGUCAGAUGCACUGACAAUCCCUGACAUUUUGGAAUCCACUGAUGCCAUCGUGAGUCCUACACAGAUUAUAGAAGAAUCUGAGGGGCCUGAUAAUAUUGAAUCUGGUGAUGACAUGGAGAUCUCACAGCCUGUCGCUUCUAACAGCGUGGCAGGAGGGGAAACCGAGGAUGUGGUGGUGAUAUCCAGUCAAGAGGACAGCGAUGAAAUGACUCUGAUACAGAUUAAGGAGCAGCUGACAUCUAAAGGCAGGCAGGAUGACAAGAGAGCUAGAGGGAGAGGUGGAAGAGGAAAGGCCAAAGGAAGGGGUAGAGGCAGGGGAAGAGGUAGGGGAAGAGGUAGAGGUAGGGGCAGAGGGAGGGGAAGGGCAGCGGCACUUCAGUCAAGCAUGGUAGAUGACAGCGAUGAUAAUGAGGUUCUGUUUGGAUGCAUCCCUCCAUCUGAGCAUCAGCUGCUGCAGUUGCAAGAGGAGGAAAAAGAAAAUAAUCCACACAGCCCUUCUGAAAUAGAAAUAUCAUCUGCUAACUCUGACAUCACUCUAAGUCCUGCUCAGCAAUCAAGCUCAGACUGCAUAAUCAUAGACACAGAUUUAGACCAGGUUACUGAUGUGACUCCUGGCCAGUAUGAUGAUGCACCGGAGGUGGAGCAGGAGAAACAAGACUACAAGAAUGUAGGAGAGGUUUCAGGCAUAUCUGACACAGAGGGCUCUGACUCAAAUGCUCUAUACUGCAUCUGUCGACAGAAACAGGAUAAAAGGUUCAUGAUCUGCUGUGACAGUUGCCAGGAUUGGUUCCAUGGCGACUGUGUUGGUAUCAGUGAGACACAGGGCCGUACGAUGGAGAAGAAAGGGCAAGAGUACAUCUGCCCCCCUUGCACUACAAAGACGCAGAGGCUACUCAAACUUAAGCCUUUCUCCCAACCAGAGCCUGAGCUUAGCUUUCCUGAAUGCUUGACGCUAAGUCCUCUCAGUGAAGAACGGGAGGAGCAUGAGGAGCUGCAAGACCUCAAGAAGUCUGUGUUGGUGGUGGAGGAGAAGCAGGAGUUUCCUGUGACGAAGCCAGAGCCUGAGCCUGAGCCCGAAGCUGAGAUGGAGACAGACAGCUCUGCUGCCCUGUGCAUUGGACCUGAGUGCUUCAAACAAGCCCUACCAGACUCGGUUUACUGUGGCACUGACUGCAUCCUUCAGCAUGCUGCUGUCACUAUGAAGACUCUUUCUGGCCCGAAGGUGCCCAAGUCCAGAGGACGGCCACAGAGAAAAGCUGCCACUGCCAGACCCACUGCAAAGGGUCAGAGGUCGGGUAGGAUGUCUAAGAGAUUAGCAGGAAAAGCUAAGGAGGGAGACGAGGAGGAGGAGGUGAAGGAAGAUAAUGGACAGGAGGAGGCUCCAACUCCCUUAGCCUGCGACCCCAGUCUCUCAGAAGUUCAGGCCACUUCCAUACCAUCAUCUAAGCUUUACACAGCGUCUAUAAAGGACUGUAAACAGGCUGACAAUGAUGCUGUAACUCCUUCAAAACAACCUCCUGAGGACACCUCGACAGAUAUGGCUCCCUCCUCCCAGCCUGCCACUGAGCCAGCCUCAUCACAGAGCUACUCUCAACAAAAGGCAAAGGAGCCAGUAAACAGUGGUGUGCCUAAGCAGCAAUCUGUAGAAUCAGAUCCCUCUUUACUACCACACCAAGCAGAAAGUAGUCUGUCUCCAGCUGCACCAUCCCCAUCCACCUCAGCUCCCAGACACCAUGAAACAGGGGCUCUUAUGGUCACAAAGACAACAUAUGUCAUACCAAAGAAGCAACCUGUACCCCAGCCUCCAUCCAGCCACACGUCAGCCUCAGCAUCAGGCCAGAAGUCUUCUUCAGCCCCCACACUGCUGAACGAAACCAGAAAUCUGCUGGUGCCACCUGCACCCAGUGCUCCCUCCUCCAGACCCUCUCAGCCCAAUAACCAGGUCAGACAGAGCAUCCAGCGCUCCCUCAGCAGCAUCCUGUUUAAAAGGGUGUGUGAUUGUGAGGAUUUGGAGAUGUCCGAGAGUGAAGUUGCAAAGGUUGUCGCCAGCAUUGAGAUGGAGAUGUUUGACAUUUUUCGCAACACAGACAGCAAAUACAUGAACAAGUACCGAACUAUCAUGUUCAACCUGAAAGAUCCAAGGAACAAGGGCUUGUUGUGUUGUGUUGUACGUGGAGAGAUCAGUCCUUUCAGACUGGCCAGGAUGAGCCAGAAGGAUAUGCAGGCUACCAAAGCAUCAGAGCCAAGUGCAAAAGAAACAACAGAGGCUAAGAAUGCAGCGGCUAAAACGAUAAGUUUGUUGCAGAAGCCUGAAGCAGUGAAGGUUGAUUUGCCCAGUUUGAAUCCCGCAAGACCUGAUAGAAACAUGGUUGCUUCCCAGGAACAAAAGAAAAGCUUUCUUGCUCCUGCUCUCAAGACCAGAAUAAGCCAGGGCAGGGCUGUACCAGAUAUUCUUGCAUGCAUGCUGAAGGACACAACAUCUGAGCACAAGGCUCACCUCUUUGAUCUGAAAUGCAAGAUAUGCACAGGCCAAAUACUAGCGGGGGAGGAGGAGGAACCCGCAAAGAAAAAACCCAAGGUGUCUGAAACAAGUGAUAAACAAGAACUCUCUUGGAGAAAGUCUGCAGGAGAUGACUCCCCUCUACGGGCACCACCUGAUUCACCUGACAUGGAUUCUCCAACAUCAUCCCUAAUGGAUCCUUCAUCCCGCCUUAUUAUUGACGCUCCAGAAUUGACUAUAGUGGAAUCCCCUGCUUCCCCUAUAAUGGACUCUCCAGCCUCCCCUACUUUAGAGUCUCCAGCUUCCCCUGUCAUGGAGUCCCCUGCAUCCCCAACCCCAGACACUCCUAUAACUACUAUACCAAAGAGAGCAUACACACCAGUUGUGAUCCCUGCUGUAUCCACAGUAACCAUCACAAGGCGUGACCCCCGCACUGCAGCAAGCAGGUUCUCUACUUUGUCUGGUGUCACCUCUGGCCCCAGUAACACAACCCAUAAUCCAUCAGUCCCAUAUGCUCCUCUUAAAGAGAGUAUCUCCGCAUCGCCCUCAGCACCUGCCUCCUCACAACCACCAACAAAACCUUUACCUAAAUCUAUCUUGAUGAAGCCAUCUUCUUCUGUGGAUCCCAGACUCUAUGGCACAUCCACAAGGACGGUGAUCUCUGAAUCCCCAGCUGAUGGGGAGACUUCUCUGUUCUUGGCUAAGCAAGAUAUAGUAUGGAAAGGCUUCCUAAAUAUGCUCACUGUAGCCAAGUUUGUCACCAAGGGAUAUCUGGUUUCAGGAUCUGCUGAAAAUCUUAAAGCGGAUCUACCUGAUACUAUACAAAUCGGAGGACGAAUCCUACCUCAAACAGUGUGGGACUAUGUUGCAAAACUAAAGAGCUCUGUUACAAAGGAGUUAUGUGUGAUCCGGUUUCACCCAGCAACAGAGGAGGAAGAGGUGGCAUAUGUCUCCCUGUUUUCCUAUUUUAGCAGCAGAGGUCGUUUUGGUGUGGUUGCCAAUGGCAGCCGUUCCAUUAAGGAUGUAUACCUUGUCCCACUCAGCUCAAAGGAAUCAAUCCCAUCCAUACUACAACCUCUCAACGGACCAGGGCUUGAAAGAAACAGGCCCAAUCUCCUGCUGGGUCUGGCAGUCAUCCAGAAGGCAAAACGUCCCGGAAGUUUGCCUCAGGAAAUUGAAGAGAAGAGACCCAAAGUUCAUAUGUCCAAAGACCCUAUGUGGAUACCAAAACCCCCAGUCCUCUAUGGUUCUGACAAAUUGGAGAUAUUCCAACCCUACGAUCCAGAGACUCCUGCUAGCACCACCCCUCCUAGCUCACCACCUUGCCCUGGCUCACCUUCAGACUCUUCCUCUUCUGGAUCAGUUACCAUACCAUCUCCUUUAACUUCAUUUAGAACAGACACUCCUGUUCCUACCUCAGCCACUCAGUCAACUGCUAAUAGCAUCUCCGACAAGAAUCCCACAACAGCAUCCGGUGAUAAGACACCACUGCAGGCCAUCUUGAAAAGUUUGUUUGGCAAAAAACAAACUGACUCUGCCGUCUCUUCUGACGGAAGUUCUACAACAACAACAACAACAACAACAACAACAACAGUUGGUAUUAAGAAAGUCCCAAUGUUUUCUCAGACCAGAUCCAUGGUGGAUCCAAUUGUCGAACAGUAUGGACAGAAAUCAAAAGUUAAAAAAAUAGAAGAAGAAGAAAAUGACUUUGACCGACCGUAUGACCCAGAAGAGGAGUAUGAUCCAGCAAUGGGAUAUGGAAUGGUUGCCCCUCAGAGCAUAGAACAAAUUAAGGCAGAUGGCCCUGCAGUAUCAGGCUUUUCAGAUGAUGGUGUGGCCUAUGAUCCAGAGGAUGAGACCAUCUUUGCAGAUAUUCAAAGUGAUAUUGUUGGGACAAAAUCCCUUGUUCCAACUCAAUCGUCAAGUUCUUCAUCAUGUCCAGCCCCAAUUCCUAUCCAGAUUGAAACGCCAGCUCCUACCUCCACUCCAGUGCUAACCUCUACCCCACCAGAAGUAAGGCAGAACAUUCCUAUGGGCACUGUGGUUGUCUGCGCUGCAACACUAACUGAACAACAGCGGAUGCUCGAAGAGCUCAAUAAGCAGAUUGAAGAGCAAAAACGACAGUUGAAGGAGCAGGAAGAGGCACUACGUCAACAGAGAGAGGCUGUGGGCAUGUUCAUGGCUCACUUUUCUGUUUCUGAUUCCCUGAUGUCUCCCCCACAAAAAUCUUUGCCAGUCAGUGAACUGUCAGAAUCAACAGACAAAAAUAGCAACCUUACAGAGACUGUGGACAGUUUGAAUGUAGAAUCACAAGCUGUUAAGCUAGAAGACACAACUGCCGUCCUUAAUUUGGAAAAUGAUGCAGAUAAUGUUACAGAGCAAGAUGAAACGCAGGAAAAUGUUAAGGAAUCCUCGGCUGGAGAGAUUGAAGAUUCUGAUGUAGCUUAUGAUCCUGAGGAUGAAUCACUUUUUAAUGAAAUUCAAGAUGAUGUAUUUCAAGGAGGCAGUACAAAGACUCAUGAUUCAUCUUUGUCUAGAACAGGGCAUAGUGCGAGCCGGAAGGGCACUCCUCUGAAUGCGCACCACAGCAGAAAGCGAAGACUAUCACCAAAGAAGAGGAGUCAUCGUGAAAGGGAACUCCAUAGAAGUCCUUCAAGAAGAUCACAGCGCCGUUCUCCUUCACAUUCCCGGAGACGUAGAGAAAGGGAUAGACACAGAAGAAGUGAAAGGGACAGGUCAAGGCAUAGAGCUAGAAACCAGUCUGAACGGCAAGGUCACCACAGUAAAGGGCAUUCUACACACAGACAUUCUCAUGGACGUAGAAGAUCCCCAUCAUCUACUGGAAAAAAGGAUUCUGGCUCCCUUUCACCAAAACAGCAUAGAGAACCUUCCCCUCAAGUCCUUGAGAAAUCAAAGCCUUUAAGUGUUCUUUGUAAUGCUCCGGACUCUGUUGUUGGACAAUUUGUAGAGAGUAACACAUCAUUACUUACCUCAGUUACUAUUAAAAAUACCCCUGAUGGAAACCAGCUAAAAAGUAAUCUUGAUGAGAGCAUUGAUAAAGGCUUUUCUCCACGUUCCCAUUCACUUCUUCACAAUGUGAAGGUUGAGACUUCAGAACCACCCAAAUCCCAGGAGCUUAAAACAACUUCAGUUGGCGACCAUGAUGACUCAUGUAGUGGUUCUUCUACACAGGUUGAGAAACCCUCUCAACAGGAAACUCUGUUUUCAAACAAGUUUGAAAGUACUGUUCCUCUAAGAGUAAUUGAUCCUCCCAUUCGAGAUUCUCCUCAGAGCCCUGAUCCAGAUCCACAGUUUGUAAAUCCUUGCAGCAUAGGAAUUGACUCUCUUAAGACUGAAGAAAUCAGAGUUCCUGAUCUGCACACCAGUGUCUCAAUGCCACAUGUUAAAAUUGAAAAUAAUGUUCUGCCUAUUUGUCGUCAAGCAACAAUGUCCAAUAUACUCUGGCCAACUGUUGGAGGUCCAAUAUCAAAUGUUGGAAAUAUGGAUUUUAGAACCCUAAAGCUACAGAGCUCAGGUGUCGGUGAUACAGGUAUGAUAGAGGAAGACAAACGAAUAGAAGGGGGAAGUCCAGACUUAAAGCAACAAACAAUACUGGGUCAUGGGGGAGGACAUUCAGAUCUAGCUACAGACUCAGAUAUUCGGCGCUCAGCAUCUAAAAUAGACCCUGUGACAAAGCAUCCAGGACCUGGCAUAAGUGAUCCAGGAAUGAGGAAUGCAGGAUCACAUAUGAAAGAACUUGAACAUGGGAGACCACAGACAGAUCUUAGAGAAACAGGAAUUAGAUUCCCAGGGCCUGAUAUGAGAGGUACAGGCAUGCAAGGCAUAAGUCCCAGAAUUUGUCCUGGAUCAGACACACAAGACCUAGCUAUAAUUGGCCAAGGGGAACAUGUGAGGGACCCAGGGACAAGAAUGCAGGGUGCAGAGACAAAUUUUAGAGGGCCAGUUGUUCAACAACACAACAUUGAUAGAAUUGGUUCAUUGCCGGUCAUAAGAGGUUCUGGGAUGAUAAGUCCAGUGCGAAAUAUGCAGAGUUCUAGUAUGCCAGGUGUUAACCAAGAAGUAAAGGGUCCAGGCCCUUAUUUUAGACACAGCAAACUAGAAGUAAGAGGAAAAAUGCUUGUAACAGCUGUUGCAAAUUCACAUAUGGGAGGAUCAGGCCUACAGAAUGAGAGGGGAGAUCCAGUCAUGAAGGGCCCUCCAUCAUAUAGACCUGGGCCUGACAUAAGGGGCACAAGGGAUCCUUUAUCAACUAUGUAUCAUCCAAGUUCAGAAAAUGCAGAUGUCAGACCAGGUGGGAUGGAAAUAAGGAGAGAUCAGUCUUUCGGGGGUCCACAGAUAGAAGGUAGGGCUCCAUUUAUUAUAGGAAGAGGCCAAAAAGAUAGAGUUGAAAGUCCACAUACUGGUGGUAUGAGAUCAGCUAUGAGGCGCGGAGGUGUAAGAGAUCCAAGUCUAGGUCCAUCUUUUAGAGGCUCAGGGAGAGUUCAAAUGCAAUCAAAGCAAGAUGGCUGUCCAGUUUCCAGUAGUGGGCCUAGAGAACAUUUCAAUGAACCACUGCCCAAUAUAAGGACUGAAAGGAUGGUCCCUGGCCCUAACAUGACAGAAGCAGAAACAAUGCAUAAUUUAAGAAGGCCAGAUUUGACAGAAAUAAGUUAUAUGGGGCCUAGUCAAGAUAUGGAUAGUAUGGGUGGCUCAGAUACAAGGGUUGAUGGGAUGCUAAACAUUACAAAUCAAGAUUGGAGAGGUCCAGGACCAGGUUUUGUUGGUCCUGAAAUGAGGAGUCACAAUAAAGGCCUGGGCCCAAAUAUGAGGGGUCCAGAUUGGAGAGAAUCAGAAAUAAGAGAUGUUUGGAGAGGGCCAGAUAUGAAAGGAUCAGGUCCAGUCAGGGGAAGGCAAUUUAUACAAGAUGAAUGGAGAGUCAAUCAACCUGAUAAGAGUCGUCCAAACAUAGAGAACCAGGGGCAGGACACAAUGAAUGCUGCAGACCUAGACUUUAAAGAAACAGGAUCUGAAAUCAGCGGUCACCUUAAGCAUGACAGGAGAAGACCAGGGGAUCAGGAUUUCAUGACACCAGGACCUGUAAUGAGGAGACCUGAUAUGGAGGUUCCAAUGCAUGACAGGCAAAGACCAAGAGGUCCAGAUUUAAUGAGACCAGAGCCUGAAUGGAGAAGUCCAACUAUGGGCAAUCUAGGACCUGGCAUGCGAGGACCAGGGGGUCCAGAUUUUGCAGGACCAGGACUUGAAAGGCGAGAUCGAGCUCUGGAGGGCCCGGGGCCUAACAACAGAGGACCUGUGGAUUCAGAUUUUAGAGGAGCAGGACCUGACAGAAAAGGCCCAACUAUGGAGGCUCCACUACCUGACAUGAGAGGACCAGGAGGUCCAGAUUUCAAGGUGACAUGGCCUGAAAGAAGAGGACCUGGAGGUCCAGAUUUCAGGGGACCAGGGCCUGAAAGGAUAGGUCCAGCUAUGGAAGGCCCUGUAACUAACAUGCAGGGACUUGGAGGUCUAGAGUUCAGUGAAUUAGGAUCUGAAAGGAGAGGUUUAACCAUGGGGGGUCCUGGGCAUGUCAGAAGAGGACCUGGAGGUCUGGAUUUCAAAGGGCCAGGACCUGAAAAGAGAGGUCCAGGUAUGGAGGGUCCUGGGCCUGACAGGAGAGGACUUGGAGGGCCGGAUUUCAGCGGGCCAGGACCUGAAAGGAGAGGUCCAGGUAUGGAGGGUCCUGGGCUUGCCAGAAGAGGACCUGGAGACCCAGAUUUCAGUGAACCAGGGCCUGAAAGGAGAGGUUUAUCCAUGGAAGGUCCUGGGCCUGUCAGGAGAGAACCUGAAGGUCCAGACUUCAGGGGACCAGGACCUGAAAGCAGAGACUUCUCCAUGAAGGGUCUUGGGCCUGACAGGAGAGGACCUGGAGGUCCAGAUUUUAGAGGACUAGGGCCUGAAAGAAGAGGUCCAGCUAGGGAGGGUCCUGGAGCUGAAUGGAGAGGUCCAAAUAUGGAGGGUCCUGGGCCUGAAAGGAGAGGACCUGGAGGUCCAGAUUUUGGACCACCAGGGCCGGAAAGGAGAGGUCCAGUAAUGGAGGGUCCUGGGCCUAAUAGGAGAAGAGCCGCAGGUCCAGAUUUCAGGGGACCAGGGCCUGAAAGAAGAGGUCAAGUUAUUGAGGGUCCUGGGCCUGACAGGAGAGGACCCGGAGGUCCAGAUUUCAGAGGACCAGGGCCUGAAAGGAGUGGUCCAGCAAUGGAGGGUCCUGGACCUGAAUGGAGAGGUCCAGAUAUGGAGGGUCCUGGGCCUGACAGGAAAGGACCUGGAGGUCCAGAUUUCAGGGGACCAGGGCCUGAAAGCAGAGGUGUAUUGAUUGAGGGUCCAGGGCCUGACAGGAGAGGACCUGGGGGUCCAGAGUUUAGAGGACCAGGGCCUGAGGGGAGAAGCUUAUCUGUGAGGCGUCAUGGACCUGACCGUAGACGUUAUGGAAGUCCAGGUUUCAGAGGAGCAGGACCUGAAAGAAGAGACCCAGCCAUGGAAGCUCCAGGACCUGACAGAAGAGAACCAGGAGGUCCAGAUUUCAGUGGACCAGGACCUCAUAGGAGAGCUUCUGCUAUUUGUGGUUCAGGGCCUGACAGGACAGAAAUAGAUGUUCUAGAUUUCCAGGGACCAGGGUCUGAAAGGGGAGGUCACACUAUGAACAAUCAAGAGCCUGACAGUAGAGCACCAGAUCCGGAUGGUCCAGACUUUAGAGGGCCUGGGUGUAAAAGGAGAGGUCCAUAUGUUAAGGGUCAAGGGCCUGACAGAAGAGGCCCAGGAAAUCAAAACACUUAUUUAAUGGGUCCUGGGUCUGACUUUACUGGACUGGGGCCUGAAAGAACGGGUUCAGGUAUAGAAGGUCCAGGGCCUCACAGUAGAGAACAGGGAAGACCACACUUCAGGGGUCCUGGGCCAAGAAGCGGACAAACAAAUAUUGAGGGCCCAGGGCCUGACACAGGAGGUCCAGACAUCAGGGGACCAAGGCCAGAAAGACCAGGAUCCAGUAUGCAGGGUCCAGGGCCCAACAGGAGAGUGCCAGGAGGACCAGACAUGAGGAGACCAGGGCAUCAGCAUUCAGGUCCAAACAGAGAGGGCCCAGGGCCUGACAGGAGAACUCCAGAGAUGGAGGGAACAGGAAACAGCAGGAGCUUUCCAGAAGGCCCACUGUUCAGGGGUCCUGAGACAGAAAGAAGACCUCCAGAUAGGGAGGGCCCUGGUUCUGAAAGGAGAGGUCCACAUUUUAGAGAUAUGGGGCCUGAAAUGACUGUUAUGGAGGGCCCAGGGCUAGAUAGGAAACAUCCAAGAGGUCCGGAUUUUAGAGGACCAGGUUGUCUGAGGAGAGGUCCAAACAUUGAGGGUUCAUGGCCUGGCAGACAAGAUCCAGGCAGCUCAGGCUAUAGUGUGCAUGGGCCCGAGAGGAGAGGUCCAGAUAUGGAGGGCCCAGAACCAAAAUGGAGAAAAUCAGGUGGUCCAGACUUUAGAGGCCCAGGCAUCAGGCAUAACGCCCCAAAUAAAGACGGUCUAAGACAAAGAAGAGAUGACUGGGAAGGGGCUGACUUUAGAGGGUCAGAACUAAUCCAAGAGAUCUCAGUUAUAGAAGGCCAAGUACCUGAAACAGGUCAAAACAUGAGGUGUCCAAGGCCUACUAGGGGAAACAGAGGACCAGGGCCAAACUUCAGGGGCUCUACACCUGAUAGGAGAGGCACAGACACAGAGGAGCAAUGGUCAGAAGGAACAGGGCCCAAUAUGGAGGCUCUAGGAAUUGAAAGAGAUUGUUCAAGAGAUGAUUGGAAAAUACAUGGCAAUAGGGGUCCAGGCCCCAUCCAAGUAGGUCCAGGUCAGCAGGUUCAAGAACAACAUAGGCAAGGUCCUCAUAGAGAAUGGAGAGGCCCUGAAAAUAGGGGGGCAAGGCCUAUACAUGAAAGACCACCUAUGCCAUUUCCAGGCCCUUUGAGAGCUCCAGAAGAUGAUUGGAGUGGUCCUGGUGUUAGGGGUCCGGGGCCUGUUCAGGGUAACCCAGAUAUGGUAUGCCCAGGGCAUGAUAGGGAAAGACCUGGCAAUGGAUGGAAUGAGCCUGAUAGAGGGGAUGCUGGGCCAAACAGAAGGGGGCCUGGACCAAAUUUUAGUGGACCAAGAGAUCCAGACAAUAGACGUCAAGGUCCUAAUAGAAGAGGUCUAGGCAUGACAGAACCAGUAUCAGAUAUAAGAGGGGGUCCAGAUAUGGGGAAUGACUGGAGGCAGCCAAACUUCAGGGGUAAUAUGAGAGGGACAAACAUGGACGGACCUGGGGCUCGUAGUGGAGCUCCAGGCUCUAUGGAUUUCCCUAGCAGAAGAGGAAUUGAAAUGGAGGGUACUGAUAGAAGAGUCCCCAGAGGACCAGAUUUCAGACAACAAGGGCCUGAAAACAGAAAUUCAAACAUUGAAAGUCCAGGGACUGAUGGGAGGUUGUCAAAUUGUGGGGGACUAGGAUCUGAAAGGCAACAUGUAGAUAUGGAAAGCCCUGAAACAGGUAGACAAGGAUUUGAGCAUGAUUUUAAAAGGAAACGUAGAGGCCCAGACAUAAGAAGGCUAGGGCCUGGGAAAACAGAUAGGGGACCAGCACCUGAAAGUUCAGAUCUAAGAUAUGGGCCUGGGAGAUGGGAUACAUACACAGAGAGCCCUUGGUCUGAGAGAAGAGGUCCAGAUAUGAUGGGCAGAGGGUUAGACUCAAUGGGAUAUGAGCCUGCCAUGAAGGAUGACACGGAAGGGUCAGAUAUAAGGGGCCCAGGGUGUGAUCGCAGAGGGCUAAACAUGACGGCAUCACCUCACUUCAAUAUUAGUCAAGUUAACACAUGCCAAGGCCCUAGUGAUCCAAAUUCUGCACCAUGCAAGGGACCCCUAGGUCAAGAUCAAAACAGAGGAGGAAACUCAUGCCACGGUUUUGACAAUCUACAAAAUCAUCAAGCAGGAAAGCCCCAUAGACACAGAGCUGCCUUACUUCCUACUCCAACAGAAGGUCUCAUACGAUUCCCAAAUCGAAUGAUCAAUAAUCCUGAUGUCCUCAGCCUGAAACGAAAACAAAUAGGUCACCCAACAGACAGGGAGUGGAGUAGAGGUAGACCAGUGAGUCGAGAAAGAGAGUUGGUCAAAGGGCAAAGACAGGAGCAGGAGAAAAGUCCUGCUGGUAAAAUAAACACCCCUGUAGAUGCAAGUACAGAGGAUGCAGAAGGAAAAAAGGCACUAGGCAAUGAAACUGAAAAACAGGGUGUGUGUGUGGAAACUAAAACCAAACUAAUUAUGGACGAUGAUGAAAAUAAAAGCAAUGCACGACCAAAGUAGACAGAAUAAAAAUCAUACCGCAUGGACCACUUAAGACAAUAAGCCUGUCCAACUAGACCUGCAAAAAGGCUUAGUAUAAUCAAGUUGAUCAGAGAUAUGAAAAUUCUCCAAGAUGUUUGAAUUUAUUAUGUUCUUGUUUUUGUUGCAUUUUUUUUUAUUUGAUUGACUAAAUGCCUCUUGAAUAUAAUCAAUCCCUUGUAAAUUCAACUCAAUGUGCUUUUUUAGUUGGAAAUAGUAAAACAUGCUUUGUACAAAAAUGUACAGGUUUUUUGUUUUUUAACAUUGUUAUAGUGUCAGUACAGUAGCCUUGAUCUGGCUUUAAUGUUCUGCUGGUAAAAAAAUGGCUUGUUUCAUUGUUCUUUUAGAAUGUAAGAAGUCAAUAAAUGAUAUACCUUUUUUAAAUUGUA